AGUAACAGCACGAUGGACGAUGCUCCUCCCCAGCCUGUUGAUCACGGCAGCGUGUAUACGCCACCAGCUAACAUUUCUUCCCCCCAGCAAAAUUACGUGCAGUACACGUACCGACCACUAGCUGCAACAGCUAUUGAUCAGAGGCUAAUCCAACCAAAAGACUACUUUGUUCUUUCGCUUCUCACCACAUUCUUCUGUUGCUUUCCACUCGGAUGUAUAGCUCUAAUGUUGUCUACAAGAGUUCGCGAGUGCAAACGCCUGGGAGAGUAUGGUGAUGCGGUGUCUGCGUCCAAGUUUGCUCUAAGAUUUAAUAUCGCUGCUAUCAUUAGCGGUGUAAUUUUCAUCACCGUGAUAAUCGUUGUAAUUGAAGUGAUUACGUAGCAAUUUCAUGGUCGUUGGUUGAUAGCUACUGAGGAAAUACAGAAGUUGAAUGAUGGAAGUAUCUAGAGAAGCAUAUCGGAAUUUGAUUAAAACUUUGGAAGUAUCAGGAUUUGUGUUGAUUGGCAAUUUUCCGCUUAUUAUAAAUAUACCUAGAACAGACUCGUUG